AUGUGGCGGGCCUGGAACCCGCGGGGCUCGAACCCGCGGCCCCGGAGGCAGGAGGCGCCCAGGCACAGCAGCGCCGCGGCCGCGGCGCUGCUGUGCCUGGGCGCCGCCUGCCUCCGGGGCCGCGGGUUCGAGCCCCGCCGCCGCCUGCUCGGAGCCGCCGAGCUGAGCCGCUACCGGGGCGCUCCCGGGGAUCCCGGGCUCUACCUCGCCGUGCUCGGGAGGGUUUUUGACGUGCAGAGAGGCCGCCGACACUACGGGCCGGGCGGGGCUUACAGCGCGCUCGCAGGCAGAGAUGCCACCAGAGCGUUUGCCACGGGCGACUUCAGCGAGUCCGGGCUGGUGGACGAUGUGUCGGCGCUGUCCCCGCAGGAGCUGCUCUCCAUCCAGGGCUGGCUGAGCUUCUACAGAGAACACUACGAGCCCGUGGGGAAGCUGGUGGGCAGGUUCUACGAUGAGAACGGGGCACCCACGGAAGCCCUGAGGGAGGCUGAGGCUGCCAUUGAGGAAGCUCUGAAAUUCCAGGCAGAAAGUGAGCAGAGGAAGCAGCAGUUCCCACCCUGCAACUCUGAGUGGAGCUCUGCCAAGGGCACCCGCUUCUGGUGCUCCACAGAGAGUGGGGGCGUGAGCAGAGGCUGGGCCGGAGUCCCUCGCAGGCUGUACCGCCCUGGCUCCAGGGGCAGUGGCUGUGUGUGUGUGAGGAGCACAGGGCCCCCCUGGGGCCACCCCCCCUCCUCCCAGCACAGCGACAGGGGGGACCUGGAUAACCCUCACCUGCAGGAGUACCAGGGCUGCCCUCCCCUGGCCGAGCAGUGUGUGCUCCCAGGCUGAUUCCAGCUGCUGCAUUCCAGGGGGAAUCCUGCAGGGAACAUGGCACUGUGGGGGGGAUGCAGCUCCAGCUCCACUCCUUCCACCUGUCUGUGCCAAUAGCAAUUCCAUGUUAUUUGUGAUGCUUUCUAACCUGUGGAGAUGGAGGUGAGGGAGGGGGGAAACACUUUAGCCCAGUUAGUGGCUGCAAAAUCAGUAACAGAGUAUUUCUGUGGUGUUUUUACAACUGCAAGAUGCACAGCCUGAACUCUAUUUAAAACCUGCUUUCUUGUGCAGCCAGGAAAGAGAUGUUUGGUGUGCUCAGUGAGCACAGAGCUGCUGCAGCAUCACUGACCUCAGCUCCUGCACCGUCCUCAGGCCCUGCUGCAUUUCUGUGCUGAUGCUCCUCCCCAGGCACCCGAUUCACUCCAGAGGGUUUAAAGGUAGCAGGGAGAAGCCUGAAUGUGUCCUACAAUGAGGGGACAGUAUCUGGGAGCUUGUGCAGUUGGGCUACACACAACCUUUAUCAGUGUCUUGGAGUACAGAAGGCAAAGGCCAGAGCUGGCUUUGCUCAUUCAGUGUUUGCAUUAGACAGUGGAAGCCACCUAUGAGGGUUGUUGGUUUAUAUUAACCUCCCCCUCCUGCUCUGUGAUUCACCACUUUCAAACUCUUCAGAUCAGGAAUGAGUAGUUUUAAAUAGCUUUUGUUACUGCCUGUGUGGCAACGCAACCAUCCAAUAAUCUGCCUCCUCUUUCCAUUCUGGUCUGUGGCAUCCUCCCAUCUGCUCUGUGCCCAUCAGGCUGAGCUGGAUGUGCCCAUCACAAGGCCCAAUUCCCUUAAAAUCCGUGGCAAAAUUCAGUAUUACGAGUGAUUCUUAGAAGAGCAGGGCAGGUCCUUACCACUUUUCUGCUGAGAAGGGCAAAUGAACACCUGCACAGGGCCCAGGCACUCUGAACCCCGGGCUGCAGGGAAGCAGGUGCUGCUUUUUGUAGAAUCUGCUGUUAAAAUCAGUUCCUGGUGUAGCUGAGCCUCGAGAGUCCAGCAGAGCAGUCUGUGCUGAGCUGUGGUCAGCUCUUUGCCUUAGGGCAGCUGCCACCUAUUUAAAACACGUGUUUGGAACUUCAUUUUUAGCUACUGCCACCUCCAAAGAGAGACCCCAGAGCUAAAUGAUCAAUUAAUUAGCAAGCUUACAGGAGGCUGGGCAGCAAUUAAUUCACAGUAACAGUAAUCACUCCCUGGCUGCAGGACUUUUAACAGCCCUUCUCACUGAUAAAGCUCAGAUGAUGCUACAGCUGCCACGGAUGGAGCCACAGAGCAACUUAAACGUGUAAAUGCUUGUAAGAGAAAGCAAGUGAAGGUGGACAGCUCUAACUUCCAAGCAAGUCUGAUCUUGCUGUAACACUCCAGCACUGCACAAACAGUGCUGAGGGGAUGGAUGGUUGUGAUUGCAGGAGCUACACCAAAAUCAACUCAACUGCUGCAGGAAGGCAGGGCAGGAGGAUGUUGCUUUAAGGUAAAGUUGGUUGAAAACCAAUUCACAGUUUAUUUCUCAGUUUAGUGUUCAGAGUCACGGGGUGGGGGAAGUUUGUCUUGCACUGGGAAUAAGUCAUCUAUUAAAGCAAACAGGGAGACACCCUCAGUGACCUGAGGUGCUCCAGGCCUGGGGGAGCUGGACUGUUUCACUGAUUGCAGAUCAGUCUGGUAUAGGGCAUUCACAUCUUGCCAGCCAAAAGAAAGUGCAGCAGUUCCACGUGAACACCUGGAAUAAUUUCAGAACAAAGAAUAAAAGUUGUCAUGCCCAAGUG